UACAUUUCAGCUUAUCAGAUCAAUCUGCCCGACUGUGAUUGGCUUGACGCGUCCCAAGGUUCUCCAUAGCUCCGACCGCCGACAUCUGAUAGCAUCGCAUUGCGGGUCAAACGGACGCAAGGGACACUUGAUGUCUGCCAGCCCCGGUUGAAGCCACACUGCACGCCAUGGAGGGAGAGUCGUGGUACAAUUCCUUCGUGCCUCGCGUGGUCAAGAAGGAGGAGCCACCAAAAGCGCACCGCCGCCGCGAGAGUCUGCUGCGCCAGCCCAACGAGAGUAACGCUGACGUCGAGCGCGCAGAAGGGAUACCAGAGACCGUAGAGGAAGCUCCCGCAAAACUUGAUGGACCCCCACCGGCCACCGUGGCCAGACGCGCCAAGUCGUACAGCGACUUCUAUUCGGUAGUGCGAGCACACAUCAAGAAAGAGAAGGCGCUCGAGAAGAAGAAGUCGCAGGAAAACAUCGGCGAUGAGCUGGACUUUGCUGCGUGGUAUGGAGGAAUCAACGAGGAGCUGCUCGAGGCAAGCCAUGACGAAUACAAGGCCUACCAAACCCAGUUACAUCUAACGCGCAGCCACUUGGGCAACAUCAUCGCCGACACGAACUCAACCCUCGAUACGCUCUCGUCCCUCUCCGAUUCGUUCAAGACCGUGGAGGCCCAGACGACAGCGUUCCGUGAGCAAUGUGAGGGCUUGAUCAGCGACCAGAAGCGCAUCACGAAGCUCGCCGAGGACAUGGAGCAGAACCUACGAUACUACACAUACCUCGAGCCCACCACGAAACGUCUCAAUGCUCCCGGAGCUUCCAAGAUUGUGCGCGGCAAAGAGUUCACAGACAUGCUGGCCAACCUUGAUAGCUGUCUCGAGUACAUGCAAGUCCACGCAAAACACCGCGAAGCCGAGACGUACCGUUCGAGAUACCGCUUGCAGCUCACGCGAGCCCUCACGUUGAUCCGAGUUCACUUUACCGAAUCCCUGCGCGAAAUUGCCGCCGACGUUGCAAAGAGAAUUGCUGAUCGCCAAUUGAACGACACCACCAUGUCCGCACUGCUGUACGCAAAGUUCCGCGUAGGUGCGCCAGAGCUGAAAACACUGGGACUGGAGAUUCAGAAGAGAGCAGUCUUACCGGCAGGCGCAGCACCCGGGGCAGAGGCUGAGUAUCAGAGCUUGAUGAACGAGCUAUAUCAAAGCUACUCGACGACACGAGGGCGACUGAUACUGCCAAUCGUGGCGAAGAAGAUCAACGAGAUUGCGCAGGCACCCAGCACAUCAAAGGAUCUCGUAGCGUUCGCUCGCAGUAGCAUAAGCUACAUUCGCGGAAUAUGCGUAGAUGAGCAUGAACUGUGGCGUGAAUGGUUUGACGGCGAUGGCGGCAUGUACGACUUCCUGGAAGCUAUGUGUGAACCGCUUUACGACCACCUGCGACCACGCACCAUCCACGAAACACAGAUACUGAAGCUUUGCGAGUUGUGUACCCUCCUACAGACCCGCUACAUGGAUGACGACGAGGAUGAGGAGUCUCCUGUCGAGGCAAACAAACUCGACUUUUCGAUCCUAGUCCACCCCGCUUUGCAAGACGCACAGAACCGGCUCGUCUUCCUGUCGCUGGCUGUCUUAAGAGAUGACAUCGAACGCUACAAACCAAAGCCCGAGGAUCUGGAUUAUCCAGCUAAGCAGAGGAAGCUGGCUGGUCAAGGUGCUAGGUCAAAUCAGCCUGUACUGUCUGGCAAGAGGCAGAACAAAUCCGAGGUCCCGCCUACACCAAAUAUGCCCAAGACACCAAUGAUAGUAGAAGAAGACGACCCUGAGUCACGCUGGAACUUUAGCACAGAAGCAGCGUUCAAGGACUGGUACCCUACCUUGCGGAAGGCGAUCUGGCUACUUAGCAAGAUCUAUCACCUGGUGCACUCUUCUGUCUUCGACGACCUGGCGCAUCACAUCGUCCACAGCACUACAAUGUCGUUGACGCAAGCCAGCGCGUUGAUUUCUAAAUCCGCAUCACCAACAGAUGCCGCGCUCUUCCUUAUCUCUCAUUUGCUACUGCUCAAGCAACAGAUUGUGGCUUUCGACAUUGAGUUUGUCACGCCAGAGACGGACAUCAAGUACGACAUCUGGAGUGUCACAAACACCUUUUGGGAGCUACGCGAACGGGGGGGGUUGUUCAAUCCUCGCAACCUUGUGGGUCUGCUCAUUCCCAAGGUGGUCGACAACAUGCUUGAUGCCAAAGCAGACGUAGACGCGCGGCUACGACAAGCGAUCAACGACUUCACCGGCCAGUUUGUUGCACGGAUGGUGGCACCUAUCGAUACGAAGAACAACAAGAAAGUGCCUGUUGCCGAGGCACCAGCGCGAACAGCCAAGAUAAGGCAGAACAUCGAGCAAGAAACAUCCUUCCUCCGCAGUAAGCUCGAGGAUUACAUCACCGAUGCACGUACUCGCGAGAUGCUAGUAGCAGCCGUUAUGGAGUCUGUCACCCAGUCAUACGAAGACUGGUUCGACACAUCGUACACGCCUUCUUUGAACGGCACCAAUGGCAAUGGAAGGAGUGGGAAGGGCAAGGGCAGGGAAGACGGUGUUUGGGACCCCGAUGUGUUCAACGAGUGGUGCACAACCGCUUUCAAGGUGGGCACUCUUGGACUGGGCAUUAUCAGCGACGACCACGACGAUUACGAUGCCAAUGGCGACGACAGCGAUGGGGACAGUAUGGGCGCUGUCUCUGGGAGGACUGGCACAAUGAGAACCGGGACCACAGGAAGGGGGCUGAGCAUCAGAUAGCUGCCGCUCCAAUACCAUAAAGAACAAUCGCAUAUAAAUGUGCGCACGGGUUCGUCGCGUCGUCAGUCUGGCUGCUUGCUUUGCUCAUCGGCAUUCAGUGUCAAAGCGUCUUUGUCCUGCUCGUUUGUUGACUUCUCACAGGCAGUUACAUUAAGCCAUUGUCUGUUGAACAAGACUGAACGUACAACAAAGCCAAGGAGACAAAGUAUGACAGUCUUUGUCCGUUCUGCUAUACUCCAACAGAAACAUACUUAAGAGUGACAUGCACUGUGCAUAUGAUUCUCCACAAACACAGACAUCAGCGGCCACUUCAACAUCUACAGUUCAGUAUC